UUUGUUAUAAUUUAUCCGUCCGUUAAAAGCCGUCAUUGGCUUCGUUACCUUAUAUUUGGUGCGUUUCUAUCAUCGAGUAUUUUCAUUACCCAAGGUCCCAUUCCUCUACCAAUAAUGGGAAAUAUAUUAAAGUUUUUCAGAACAAAAGAAAAUCAAUUUAUAACAAUCAAUUCAAUGCAUAAAACCUAUGGACCAGUAUUUACCUUUUGGUUUGGUAAUACACCUGCAGUAGUCGUAUCCGAUUAUAAACUACUGAAAGAGGCAUUCAAUUCAAAAGGAAACGAAUUAAUGGGAAGACCUGUUACUAUAUUUGGAAAAAUAUUACUUAAAAAUGGAAAAGAUGUCGUAUUUUCAAAUCACGGACCCGUUUGGGCCAGUCUUAGACGAUUAGCCCACUCAGCCGUUAGAAAAUUAGCUGUUAGUGAAAAGUUUUAUAUUUUGGCCAACGAUGCGGUUCGGGAAACGGUCGACACUAUGAUUGCUACUGAAGGCUGUGAUAAACCAUUUAAUCCCAUGAGUUAUAUCUAUAUGUCUGUCAUCAAUAUCAUUGCUUCAUCGGCUUUUGGCAAAAGAUAUACUUUUACUGAUCCGGAGCUGAAAUAUUUUGAGAAAAGUUUAGAGUAUUUCAGAUCCAAAUCAACUAUAUUAGGGCUUUGCGAUAGAGUGCCGGUUAUGAAGUUAUUUUAUGGUAACGUUUUGAAUAAAACUCUUGAUGUUUUGGAUAAAUUGACGACUACUAUCAAACAACAAUAUCUCAAUCGCAUACCUGUCCACGAAAAUGGUGUCGUCAAUGAUUUUUGUGACGCACUCAUUGAGGCUAAAGAGGAGGCUAUUGCCGAGCAAAAGGAGAGCGCACCUCAUUUUACUGAUACAAACUUAUCAUUAGUUAUUACGAACUUAUUUAUUGCGGGAACUGACACAACACAGUAUACAAUGCGAUGGGUUAUAUUAUUUAUGGCCAACAAUUCAAAAAUGCAAAAUAAAAUGAGAGAUGAAAUCAAUGAUCUAAUUGGUGACCGUAUGGUUACACACGAAGAUAAAAAUAACUGUCAUUAUGUCAAUGCAUUUAUUGCCGAAACUUUACGUUUGAGAGGAGUUACACCGUUAGCUGUACCACAUGUUGCUAUGUGUGACACAAAAAUGGGUGAACACAACAUAAAAGAGGGUACGUUUGUAAUGAGUAAUCUAUGGGCCAUAGCUAGAGAUCCUGAAAUAUGGGACAAACCCGAGGAGUUUAAUCCAAACCGAUUUUUGUCGUCAGACGGAACGUUCAACUCAUCGAUACCCGGUUAUGUACCGUUCGGUAUCGGUAGACGUGUUUGUUUAGGCGAGAAGCUGGCACUGGCAGAUUUAUUUUUCAUAACUGUGCGAUUAUUACAAUCAACUUCGCAAUACAUGUUGAAACUACCCGGUGGUGACGGUAGUGCCGAUUUGGAGCCCAAUCCUAUUAUAUUGUUGUUUAAUUCUCCAAAACCGUAUGAAAUUAUUUUGAAAAGAAAAUAAUUAAUCAGA